AUGAGACCCGUCAACUACCCCUACUACCAAACCAUCAACAACGCCAGCUUCAACGCCAACGGCGGCAUCUACAACCGCGCCGGUCGCGGCUACCCCGACGUCUCAGCCCUUGGUGACAAGAUCGCUAUUGUCGGCAACCUGCGCCCCCUCCUCAUCGGAGGCACCUCUGCGUCUUCUCCGCUAUUCGCGUCCAUUCUCACGCGCAUUAACGAAGAACGACUGGAGAAGGGGAAGAAAACCGUGGGUUUCGUCAACCCAGUGCUGUAUGCCAACCCAAAGGCUUUCAACGAUGUUACGACGGGUUCAAACCCUGGUUGCGGCACUAUCGGGUUCCCGGCUAAGAAAGGUUGGGAUCCGGUUUCGGGAUUAGGAUCGGCGGAUUACGGUAGGCUGAGAAAGGUUCUUCUUGCACUACCAUGA